AACUACUAGAGAGCAAAAGCGCCAUGGGGAAGCUCCAAAAGAAGGGCAAGAAAAAAUCCCCUCCCAAAAAAGUGAAUCGGAAACAAGAUGGGAUGACAGUAGAGGCAGAUGGGAUGAUAGUGGAGGCAGAUGGGAUGAUAGUGGAGGCAGAUGGGAUGCUAGUGUUGCGGAGCAACGACGGGCUGGAGCUACUGGUGUCGAAGCUGGAGGCGAGUCAGUCCAUAACCAUCCAAGGCAUGAUCGAGUUCGACGGCGAGAGCUAUCUCAUCCCGUUCGACGGUGACGAAACCAACCACACCCCCAUCCAUCUCGACGUCCAAGGCAAGAUUUUGUCCAAAGUGGUCGAGUACUGGAAGAAGCACGCCUCCGGAUCCCAAGCCCGCGGUGACGACGACCCCAACUGGUACGCCAAGUUCCUCGACGUCGACAACAAUACCCUCUGCGAUCUCAUCCUGGCCGCGAGCUACCUCUGCGAUCAAGGACUCAUUGAUCUUACCUGCCAGACUUUUGCUAAAAUGAUCAAUGGAAAGUCCUCUGAAGACAUCCGUAGGAUCUUCAAUAUCACAAGUGAUGCGACUCGCCUCAAAGAAAAGAAUGAUGAAAAGAUGGUCAAGCAAUUUAAUAGGAUGAUCCUUGAACUCUUUCCUGCUGCCACCAUGGAGCCCCAUCUUACCGAAGAAGAACAGCCAUCACUGAUCUCCCUACCACUGAAGUCAGAUCUGGAUCGGAACCGGAAGCUCAAAUUGGAGGUGGAUGCAUUGAGGGCUCUUCACAUAGUCCGCUGCCAAGAGUUUACUGGAUAUGACCCCAAGCUCAAUGCUUUUAUAUGCACCCGCUUCUGCGACUACAAUAUAGCAUUUUUUGACCUUGACAAACUGUCUAUGCCCUCUCGUGGGCCACCACUUCAGGAUUUACGCAAGCCAAAGCCCAGGCAGAUCGUGCAGUAUUCAGUCAACGUCAUUUCUGUGACGGUAGCAGAAUCCGAUGUGGGCUACCCGUUCAGCGUAUUCGGUACCGUACUUGCAAGGGAUGAGUUUGACUACAGAUGUGUCUAUCUGUUCAGGCGCACAAUGGAUGAUGCCCAAGUCAUCACCUCACCGGAUGAUAAGUUAACUCUGACAGAUCCAUGUCGAGGGCUUGAUGCAUCAGAUAAAAUUUAUUUUGAGAUCGAUUUAAAGAUCAAAACUGGUGGAGGUGGCGCUAAAGAUUUUAGCAAAGGUCUACUGGUUUUCAAUAGCGUCUGCUUCAAAGAGGGAACCAUGACUGGCUGUCUAUAUAGCCUGCUGAGUAGAGUGGAGUUGACUUUUGUGGAUGUUCCAUGUCCCCUGGAAGCUACCAUUGCAAUCAGUGUUUUCAAAGGUGCUUGCACUAUCUCAAGAGUAGAUGCUGCAACUACUGGGAAUAUUGAGGAUCAUUUCAUCUGUCUAUAUGAUACCCAAGCAGCAGGCACUGGGACAGUAAUUGGCAGUGGUGGCUCUGUUGUGUUAACUCGUCGUGUGGUUGCUGUCCCGCUGGAUCAAAAGUUGGUGCUCGUUCUUGUUAGUGGUGACAACGCUGAAAAUCUCGUCCUCAGUAUAGGACAGCAUGGGCAAAAGGUACGGUCUACUUGCAAGCUGGGAUGCGCUCAACUGAUGGUGGAAGUUUCGUGGACGGUUAUCCCGAGAAGAAAGAGAGACAAGUGGGAGGAUAUCGGAGGUGAGCGCCUGCUGCAGUGAAUUAGUUCGUCUGAAAAGCGAUCUCCUUCCAUGGUCUGAUGUCGUAAAUUAUCUGUAGCAGCACCGCAUGCAGAUCUCAUGUCCUAAAUUAUCUGUAGCAACUCUGUAAACUGACGUCCUGUUGUAUCAUCACUAAAAAGUGUCGUCUAAUGAGCAUGAGCUCGAGCCUAGUAUGUACUUGUAAUGUCGACUAUUU